CCGCCAGUGACAUGCUGGUGCACCUCUGGCGUAGAGGCGAGCAAGUGUUCAGGCCCCGCACCCUCACAACAGUAAAAAAGCAAACAGAAAUAAACGUGACCAUAUACUUUUUUAAAUUCUCUGUGACGUAACUGAAACGAAGAAUCACCUAUUACUAUAUAUAUAUAUUUUUUUUUUUAAGUCAUAAGUACGUGGUGUUUGUGGUGUUUGGUGUUUAAUCAGUGAUAUUAUCGUGUCCUCUUCCGGUUUAAGUCUGGAAAGUGUUCUGCUCCGUCUCCUCUUUUUUUCCUUUUUUUUUUUUUCCCCUCACUGGAUGGAUGAAGUGAUUCUGUUGUAAGAGUGAUAUACUACAAAGUGUCUGUGCAGGAAAGGAGUGAAGAAUGAAACAAGAUCUGAAGAGUCGCCACGCUUCCGAUGUUUUUAAGAAGAGUACUAAUGAAGACUGUCACAGGUAGAGGUAACAUCUGUUUAAUUAUUUGCACAGGUAUUAUCAAACAGCAGAGAGUGAGGAGAUACUCCGGUCUUCAGCAUCCCUUCACAUACCUCAUCUACAACCGAGCCAGGUGUUGCAAAAGAGGUGCCUCAAGACCUUUUGUGUGAGAACACAAGAACAUCAGAAAGUAAGGGAAGCUGCAAGAAGCCAUCAAGCCUACACGUGGCAGUCCCUGUAUGUGUGUGGUGUGUCCGGCAGGUCUUGUCAACAUGACGGGACUGGAGGGAGCCGAGGGACACCGGGCCAGGAGGCGGGGCGGCCGCCGGCUGGGGCAGAUCAUCAUCCAUUGUAUCAGGAGCCUGGUCCUCAUCCUCACCUAUUAUGCAUGUUCCAUUGGCCUUACUUUUUAUCAGAAGAGGUUAUUUAGGGACUUCAAGUUUCCUCUAACAGUAGUCAUAGUGCAUCUAUUUAUGAAGUUUGUGUUGGCGGGGCUGUGCCGAGCCACCUACACCCUGGUCACCGGCAUUCCACGAGUCAUGCUCAGCUGGGACGUGUACUGGAGGAAGGUGCUCCCCCCAGGGGCCGCUGCUGGCCUGGAUAUUGGCCUCUCCCAGUGGUCCCUCGAGUUUAUCACAGUGGCAUUGUACACGAUGUCAAAAUCUACUGCACUGUUAUUUAUUCUGGCAUUUGCUAUUAUUUUCAAACUAGAAGAAAUGAGAUGUACAGUAGUGGUACUGGUGGUACUUAUCGCAGGAGGUCUAUUUCUCUUCACCUACAAGUACACGCAGUUUAACCUGUUUGGCUUCAUCCUAGUCAUCACUGCCUCUCUACUCAGUGGUUUGCGGUGGACACUUUCGCAGCUGGUGAUGCAGAAGUCAGAGCUUGCCCUGAGCAACCCCAUUGACAUGGUGUAUCACAUUCAGCCUUGGAUGACAGUGGCACUGCUUCCUCUGGCUGUGGUAAUGGAAGGCACGGCAAUAGCAGCAAGUGAGUAUGGCUUCAGGUUCACAGACUCCAGUGAUGUCAUGUACAUGUGGGGAAGAGUCAUGUUUGGGGCUGUCUUGGCCUUCUUCAUGGAGGUGUCAGAGUACCUGGUAGUUUGCUUCACCUCAUCCCUCACUUUCUCAAUCGCUGGAGUGGCCAAAGAAAUUAUGACUCUCUCCUUGGCUGUAUACAUCUACAAUGAACACCUUUCAUACAUUAAUUUAGCCGGCUUGGUGCUGUGUAUCAUCGGCAUCACCCUCCACGUGGUGAUGAAGGCCCUACAUCCCCCCAAGACCGUACCACACCCGCCCCUCACCCCCUCCGACUCCCACCAGAAGGUCCCACUGCUCUCUGACACUGAUGGGGAGGAACAUGAGCUCUUUUCCCGGUAGUGUGAAUUUGUAUCCUGGUGUUUGUGGUGAAUCUUCUCAGUGGGUGUUUUUGUACAUGAGUUUUCUCUCCACUGUGAACUUGUUACACUGAGACAGACUCUUCAGCUUGUGUUGUUUGUGAUACUAUGUGACUGUAUUUUUUUGAUAUGGUGAAAUGUAAGGUGUUCCGGGUUAUUAUCUGAGUUCAUUUUUGCUUUCGUUUUUUGUCUCGUGAUGAGGAACAAAUACAUAAUACAACACGGUGAUAAAGAUCUUUUGAUAGUAUUACAAUUUUGUAUUGCAUAACUAACACCAUUUCAUUUGUAAUUCCUAGUCAUCCUUUGUAUAUUUUGAUAAAAAAAACUUGUUCUCUAAACUUUCUGAUCUUUCAAGCACAAAGACAGUGGUAUUUGAAGUACUGCAUAAGAACAAAUUUAUUCAAAGAAACAACAAUUUUAGGCAACCCCAAUAUUUCUUGAAAUCAGUUAAGUAAUAAUUUCUGAAACAAAAUCAUAAAAAUUCUUACUUGCCUGUACAAAAAUUGCCAGAAAUCAGGUGUUAUCAUGCAACAGGAUGGUGACUCUGAUUUUGCUAUUAUGGUUGUGUGAUAUGGACUCUGACUUCCUGUAUGAUGCAGCAAAUCAAUAGUGACAGAAAGGCAUGUAUUCGUUAGAUUAUUACGAAGGCUUGGCACUGGCUCAGGAAGGCUAAACCCCAGCUCUGAGUACACAGGCAUGACAUCCUGCAUGGUGCUCAGCAUUGCUCAUCAGGUUGUUUUUGUAUGAGACUGCCAUAGGUGGACAAGACCAGGAGGCCAUACACAAAGCACUUCACUCUUAUCUGUAGCAAGGUAAUCAGUGGAUCAUACUGUGUUCAUAAUGGGACAGUUGCCCACAUGGAGGCUCACUCUGAAAGAACCCAAUAGAUGGUCGAAGCAGUGUGCCUUGUCUCAUGCACUACAUUGACGAAUACUCACAGAAAGGUCAUCAAAUCCUUCAGCCUCUUUACACGUUUACACGCUUACACACACACAAAAGAAAAAAGAAAAAAAAGAAAAAGAAAAGAAAAAAAUUUAAACCAUACAUUUCCGUAUCCAAGAUUUUUUAACCAAGCAGUUUUCCUAUUCCACAAACUGUCUACAGGUUUAGAAUCCUUUACAUACAUGUAAUUUAAAAAUUCAGAAGCUUUUGAGUGCUGUUUCAUAUAUAUAUAUAUAUAUAUAUAUAUAUAUAUAUAUAUAUAUAUAUAUAUAUAUAUAUAUAUAUAUAUAUAUGAGGCGCGCGGUGCAACAACGACGUAACCGAGAAAUGGAAGUUUCGAGAAAAACGCGCUCAAAGUUAAACACUGAUUGCGCACAAUACGGUACCCUUAAAUAAGUAAGUAUUAUACAUCAUUUGAAAGGUCUUGGGUAGUUCUGUUUGGGGAUGUAGGUUUCGAAGUGAUAGGUGACGAUUUUGGGUGGAUGACUUACGCGUUAAUUAACGCGUAUACCGUAGGUAAUAAUUUUUUUUCCCGAUAUUGUUUUCAUUUGUUAAUAAUGUGUUAGAGCCUAUUACACAUAGUAUUAGGUGAAAGUUUCAUGAAGAUUGGAACAUAAAUAAAUUUUUUAUGAAUUUUUUUCCGAGCGUAAAAAAUAAAACUUACUCAUUACCGGCUCAUUACCGGCUCAUUACCGCUCGACUUUGAGCCUUAGUACAGGUGCUUAGAUGGUCGAAUAUGACUUGGCCGAUAUCACCACGAGACUUUUACACCCUUCUACCACACGGAGCAGGCAAAAACACGAAAUCUCAAAUUUCACGGUUACGUCGUUGUUGCACCGCGCGCCUCAUAUAUAUAUAUAUAUAUAUAUAUAUAUAUAUAUAUAUAUAUAUAUAUAUAUAUAUAUAUUCCUCAUCUUGCAACACAUGGUAUUUUUCCUUUAUGGUGUUUUCAGCUGUAAAUCCAUCUUAAGCUGAGGUAUGAUUGUGUGUUUUCCAAGAUCUGAGGAAAUCUGGAGGCAAAACCACAUCUGUGCCCAAAUAUUCCAAAUAAAGAAUUCUCUACCUGUAUAACCAUUGUGAAACAGUUGAAUCAUGCAUGGCAUCAUCCAGCUUCACAAAAACUCCCAAGAUUGAAUGAGAAUACAUUUUUAGUUUCAUAUGUCAGGAUGAUUCUUGUUUGCAUUUCUCUUGGCAUGAAGCUUUACAGCUGGUAACUACUGCUGUUACAUAGGAGGCUUUAUAUUAUUUGAUGAUUGAUAAUAAGUAUUCAUGAAACUGCUUAAGUGUUCAAGAACUUGCCACCACUGCCACUGUGCAACAGAGUGCUGUGUGAAGACAAUGUUGACUGGAUUAAAAUGUUAACUAGCAAUGUUUUCCAUGUGAUGUUCAUACAUGUGUCUGAUAUUCAAGUGACUUAAAUAGGAUGAAAAGUACCAUUUUCUCUCACUACUGAAUGCCACUGCUUGGUGACGUGCAAAGGAUAUUUGUUCUCUGAUGGUCUCACUGCCUUCAAUGAAAGUCUUCCCAUAUAAGCUCAGAGAUUUAUCUUAGUGAGUAGUCUCCUUUUUUUACACAGUUGUUAAGGAUGAUUAUUUUUAAUCCUCAGUUUAUUGUAUCUUAGAAGAUGGAGCUUCAGUUUUGUUGAAAGUUUCCUGGCACUGUGCUAUCUCAGCUUUUCUAUUUUUCAUAGAAAUGUUUUGUUAAAGUUUAUUUACAUAUUUUCUUGUACAAGGAUGAAUAAGAAUUUUCUUCCUUGUGAUUACAAUCCAUACUUUAGAGCUGUUGGAACACAGCUUGGUCCAAUCUUUCAGUAUUCUAUUGAUACCUUACAUAUUAAUCAUGGAAGGGAUAAUUUUCAAGUUGCAACAUCCUGAGAAUGGCCCAGGCCGGCAACCACCAGUGGACCAAGGAUGGUCAUCAGUUAAGUCUUGUUUUAAUAUUCUGAAUCAACUGAGUGAAGAAUGUGCUCCCAUUUUUCUACUUGUGUUGCUGUGCCAUGAGCACUCCUAACAUUUCCUGACUGAUGUUUCAUCUCAUAAGCAUUCCUGUAUUAGUGUGCAUAAUAUUGUCCUACAAAGAACUAUUUAUUUACAUUCCUCUCCUCACUACUUCAAGGAUGUCAACAAAAACACUUUUUUCAGUAUUUUUGUAUCAUUGAAACUUUUUUGGUUUCUUAAAAGAAAAACUGACAUGUACAAGAAACCAUAAUACUAGUCUAACACCACGAA